UCACAGAUCAAAGCAAUCGUUUGGCACGGAAAAUAAGCGUAGAAUGCAAAGGAUUCGAAAUGUUGCGAAAGCUACUUCGCCGUAUAUUUUGUCCGUGUUCGCGAAAGCCAUCAAAGGAAAGUGAAGAGCACGAGACACCGGAAAAGGCGACCGUUCAAGUGCUCGUUGUAGGAACAUCGACGGUUGAUGGAAAGAAACGACCUGUUUCAAGGUAUGCUGACUGAAAGAAGCAAUACUGUUUUGCCAUUUCUUACCAUACAAGUGAUUUGUAUACUGUUUCAUGAAACGUUCCAGAAAUAUCGACAUACCGGCACCGCGCUGGAGCAUUGUUGGGUCUCACACUGAGCGGGAGAUGAAGAUGCUUACUUCCAGAACAUUGCAUGAAAUAGAAACCAAAGCUGUUACGAGGAAGAACAAAUCUCGCCGACGUGCGUACGAACCGGGCGAUGUAGGAGGAAUGCGAAUGGUACAAGUGCAGCCACCCCAAUCAAACAAGAACGCGACCAACAAUGCGUCUACUACCAUCACCCCGAAGGACGACCAUCAUACGUGGGACGAUCACAGCGCCAACGAUAAUGUGGGGCUCGACAAACUGGAGGGCAUUCCAUAAACUGCAAUGUUUUUAUCUUAGCCAUUUUCCAUCUUAUCAGUUCCUUUGCAUUUAAAAACAUCAACUUAAAACACCAAGAGCGUUUUUAAAUCGUUUGUAAAUCGACAUACGAAAGCAGGUUUCCAAAAUGGGGGUUCGCUU